AUGGACCGCCGAGAAAACGCCCAAGCUCUCGAUGGUGAACAGGUUUUUGAUGAUUCAAAGUCUAUGGCAUGGGGUGACCAGGAACAAAGUGAGCGGGCUAUACUUAUUACUCGCCCCCGUAGGUUUGGCAAAUCUACAAACCUUUCAAUGCUUUAUACUUUUUUCAAACCGGUGUCUGAACAAGAAAAAGAACAGAAGCUUGCUUUGUUUAAAGACCUCAAAGUUGCACAAUUCGAUUGGUUUAUGAAGUUGCACUUCGGCAAUUGGCCCGUUAUUUACGUUAGUUUCAAGUCUUGGGAAUCAAUGCUAAAUUCCAUCAAGGAAAAAAUAUCAGAUUUAUACAAAGAACAUCGUUAUAUUAUUGAUAACAAAAAGCUUCAUAUAGAUGAUGAACUCUUAUUUAAAAAUAUUAUUGACGAAACAAUUGACGAGUCACAUUUAAUAAACACUAUCUCCCGUCUAUCACGCUAUCUUCACGAAUACUUUGGUAAACAAACCAUUAUUCUCAUUGAUGAAUACGACUGGCCGAUGGAACAUGCAGGAAGUUUUUACAACGAAGCUGAUAUUUUUUUUAAAUCCAUGUACUCUAGCGUUGCGAAGGUCCUGUUCGUUGGACUGCUUCCUCUAGGCCAAGCAAGUUUCCUUUCUGGACUUAACAAUGUUGGGCAUUACCCAAUGCAUAUCUUACCUGGAAUACGUGGGCGUGCCCAUUUCUCAGACAUGUUUGGUUUCACGGAGAAAGAAGUUGAGUUCUUGCUAAGUAAAAGUGAUCUGAAAUUUGAACUCGAUAAUUUGCGCACUCAUUACAACGGAUAUCGAACUAGUACCAAUGAGCGUGUCUACAACCCUCACUCAAUUAUAUCCUCUUUGCAAAAAGGUAUUAUCGGGGACUACUGGACAAAUAGUGGUUCGACAGUCACGGUUAGGGAAUGUCUAAAAAAAUGUAGCCAAAAUAUUGAAGAAGAGCUCCAGAGUCUUUACUAUUCAUUUUAUUCGUUACAAGACGCCGAUAGAUAUGUUAAAGUGGAACUCAUACCACAUCUCCGAUACGACGUUCUCGUGAAUGAGCUAGAAAUAAACGCGAUCUAUACAUUACUAUGUUAUAGUGGCUAUUUGACCAUAAGUUACGAUGAACUUGAUGUGUCUACUGAAGUCAAACUUACUAUACCAAACAGAGAAGUUGCUAAACAAUGGAAGCAGUGGAUUAUCGAUUUCGUAGGCGUAGAUCGGCUAAAAGCGAAUGACAUAUUCAACUUGUUAUUCAAGAAAAAUAUUAAGGUGUUUUGCGAACAAUUUCCUGCUCUUUAUAUGGAAAUAAUCUCCUGUUUUGAUAUUGGUGAUUCUAAAAGAGCCAAAUCAUAUGAGGGUUGGUACCAUACAUUUGUCCUUGGAGCACUUGCAAUGUUUCAUGGUGAUGAUUACCAGGUCGUCUCCAAUCGUGAAACUGGGAAAGGUCGUCCUGAUGUCCGCAUCAUCCCAAUUAACCCAAAAUUUGAUACUUGUAUUAUUUUUGAGUUUAAGCUCGCUAAAUCGAAAGACCGUGAAGGAAUGAGAAAGCUCGCUAAGGAGGGGCUAAAACAAAUUAUUGAUAAGAACUAUCGGUCAAAUACUGCAAAUCAAACCAUUUCUAAUAUACAGGAUGCACUUUCUACGGAAGAGAUUUCGUCUACUUCAUCUGAUGCUUCAAAUUCUAAUAAUUCUAAUGAACUUAACGAUUUCUUAUAUGAGAAAAAUAAGGAAAGUAUUAGUAAUAUGAUAAGAGAAAGGAACCGGGAAAAGAAGAUUCAAGCCCAAGUUUCACACAAUGCUUCUUCGGUGCCAGCUGAUUCUCCUUGCAAUAAGAUUUUGGAUACUGAGGCAGAGGAAGAACCAU